AUGCUCGAUCAACCUUUCAUACUGCAACUUCCAGUAGAAGUGCUAUCUAAAAUAGCUCGCCAUGCCAGCAAACCAACCAUCACCGUUCGUUUCCAGCCCGAGGACUUGACACCACUCCUUCACUUUCGACAAACCUGCAAGACAUUCGAGAGAGCCGCCUUCGAUAUCCUGAUAGAGAGAUUCCCCCGAAAGCUCCGUUGCAGCGUAGGCGUCCCUCGCAAUGUCGAAAACUUCAAAGCCCAGUCAUUCCAAAAGCGUUUGACAAGCCGCCUCAGACAAGUCACCUUAUCAGUCGACAUCCUGGCAGGCAGCAACAUCAGCGACAUCAAAACAGCCGGUCGCCUCUGCCAGCACUCCGAAAAUGCCCAACUCUUCGAYUUCCGGCGUCUGGAAGCCGAUUUCUACGACAAAGCAUCUUCCCCUCUGAACCCAGAUCUACAAUUCGCAUUGCAACAACUCCAACCCCUCGCCACACCACCCGCAAUCAAAAUCUCCGUCUGGCUCUCCGAAGACGUCUAUCUUGAAAACCACGAAUCAAAAAAUGUCGUCCCCAUGCUCUCUAGUCUUGCAAACGCCAUCCCUCCGCAAAUGUUACGCUCUCUCGAACUGGCGUACGCCCACUGCGAUGCGCAAAGCAUGAUAAACCUCGUCAAACGCUCCCUCGACUCCCUCGAAGAAGUCAACAUGGAUAAUGUAUCCUUCGUCUCAUCCACACCACGCUGGGUAGAUUUCCUGAAAGAAUUGACUCGAUGCACGAAAUUGAAAAACCUCCUGCUCUGUAAUCUGCGGGAGGAAUCUCUCGGGGCAGUCUUGAGUUCGAGGGAGCCUUCUUCUUUCAGUCCGUUUUCUUUCUACCUCUACGCGGGAUUCUCGGGGCGGGAACGAGUGAAGGAGGGAUUGCGAGCAUUGAUUGAAGCUGAUUUGUGCACUGCUGCGGGUAACCCAAAGUUUGACGCGCCCAUUGAUCCACUGGGCAAUUUCAUCUAA